AUGACGUAUGCAGUUGCUAACAUCCUGAAGAACAAGGUAUCCAUCCCUGAUUCUAUGGACUUACUGUCCAAACUGCUUGGGCUGCAUAGUGUUGUGACGAUUCACUUAAAUUCUGCCCUCCUGAGCACUAGUUUGGUACAACAUUUUCGUACCCAGCCACUGUUUUGCAAUUUGCUGUUUGAAUAUCUCCCUUUGUUUAGCCCCUAUAGACUUACGGGGGGGGGGAGGGGGGGGGGGGGGGGGGGGGGGGGGGGGGGGGGGGGGGGGGGGGGGGGGGGGGGGGGAGGGGGGGGGGGGGGGGGGGGGGGGGGGGGGGGGAGGGGGGGGGGGGGGGGGGGGGGGGGGGAGGGGGGGGGGGGGGGGGGGGGGGGGGGGGGGGGGGGGGGGGGGGGGGGGGGAGGGGGGGGGGGGGGGGGGGGGGGGGGGGGGGGGGGGGGGGGGGGGGGGGGGGGGGGGGGGGGGGGGGGGGGGGGGAGGGGGGGGGGGGGGGGGGGGGGGGGGGGGGGAGGGGGGGGGGGGGGGGGGGGGGGGGGGGGGGGGGGGGGGGGGGGGGGGGGGGGGGGGGGGGGGGGGGGGGGGGGGGGGGGGGGAGGGGGGGGGGAGGGGGGGGGGGGGGGGGGGGGGGGGGGGGGGGGGGGGGGGGGGGGGGGGGGGGGGGGGGGGAGGGGGGGGGGGGGGGGGGGGGGGGGGGGGGGAGGGGGGGGGGGGGGGGGGGAGGGGGGGGGGGGGGGGGGGGGGGGGGGGGGGGGGGGGGGGGGGGGGGGGGGGGGGAGGGGGGGGGGGGGGGGGGGGGGGGAGGGGGGGGGAGGGGGGGGGGGGGGGGGGGGGGGGGGGGGGGGGGGGGGGGGGGGGGAGGGGGGGGGGGGGGGGGGGGGGGGGGGGGGGGGGGGGGGGGGGAGGGGGGGGGGGGGGGGGGGGGGGGGGGGGGGGGGGGGGGGGGGAGGGGGGGGGGGGGAGGGGGGGGGGGGGGGGGGGGGGGGGGGGGGGGGGGGGGGGGGGGGGAGGGGGGGGGGGGGGGGGGGGGGGGGGGGGGGGGAGGGGGGGGGGGGGGGGGAGGGGGGGGGGGGGGGGGGGGAGGGGGGGGGGAGGGGGGGGGGGGGGGGGGGGGGGGGGGGGGGGGGGGGGGGGGGGGGGGGGGAGGGGGGGGGGGGGGGGGGGGGGGAGGGGGGAGGGGGGGGGGGGGGGGGGGGGGGGGGGGGGGGGGGGGGGGGGGGGGGAGGGGGGGGGGGGACGGGGGGGGGAGGGGGAGACUGGGCGGAGGGGGGGGAGCUGAGGGGGGGGAUGGGGGGAGGGGGAGGGGGGGGGGCGGAGGCGGGGAGGGAGGGGGGGGGGGUGGGGAGCGGGAGUAGGGAGAUGGCGGGCUGGGGGGGGAAGAGGGCAGAGGGGGAGGGGGGGGGAGGGAGCGCAGGGGGGCGCGAGGAGAAGGGGAGUGAGAGAGCGGGGGGGGGAAGCUGA